ACGUUGACAACACCCCUUGCGCUUCGUGAGCCUAUACAACAUCCGAAAGCAACAAUGGCGAUGCCUCCUCCUGCACAGAACAGUUGGUCCACGGGAAUGUGCGACUGGUGUGCACCCCCUGGCGGCUGUGGCAUUUGUCUGCUGGCGUGCCUGUGCCCCUGCUGCAUGUACGGCAAGUAUGGAGAGUUGAUGCCCCCGACCGUUUGCUGCGGCGGCAGCUGCGGGGGUUCCUGCUGUGCCAUGUACGGCCUUUCCAUACUGGGCGUGCCGUGCGUGCUGCAGAUGCAGGCCCGCGGCCACCUGCGGAUGAAGUACAACAUCCCGGGCAGCGCGUGCAACGACUGCUGCCUCACCUGCUGGUGCUCGCCCUGCACCAUGUGCCAGGAGUACCGCGAGUGCCACAUCCGCGGCCUGGGUCCCGGCGGUGUGGAGAAGGGCUCCGCUGUGGCCAUGGGCGGGCCGCCCCCGCCGCAGGCCAUGGACCCCGCGGCGCCGGCCAACAAGCAGUAAGCCAUCCAAGGGUUUCAGGCAGCACGUUGUGCCGGGCAAGGCUACGCACGGGCGACGGCUGCCGGACGCGUGUGCGCGGAUGCAGUAUGCACCGGCGACAGCGACAGACGCAGAGCAGGCUGGUUUGGAAUGCACAGCCCUGUAGAUCUGCCGUUUCGCGCAAGGGGCGUAGAAAUGGAGCGACGCUGCGGGAAUAAACUUGGCGUUCGCAUCGCUUCGUAAGUGGAUCUUUGUAAGUAGGCGAAUAGUGGCCUUACAUAUAAUACACGGCAAGAGGAAACCUCUAGGACGAAGCAGGAACGGACGUGGACUUGGUAGUACGGUAUCUGUUGAUGAUAGUUUGAUGCCGUUAUGUGAUUGUGUUUGUUUCAGCUUCAUCCUCUGACCCGGGCCCGACACACGGCCGUCGCAACCUACAAGCGUUUCAGUAAGACGGCUGCAUAUCUCGGUGGUGGGGGCUGCUAAUGUUCUGCCCAGCUUGCAGCCAAGCUUGCGGGGUGUACCAAAGAAGUUAACCUGAUGCAGGCUGAUGCGACGGUGUGGUUAUGUUCGGACCGCACACAUGCUGCAUGCUGCACGCACAUAGUGAAGCCCCCUAUCGUCUCCGUGUCAACCGAAUGGAGU